AUGGAUUCAAGAUUUCGGAGUCCUGUUGUUCCACGAAAGGUCGUCGGGGCCGAAGAAGCAGCAACGUCUUUAGCAAAAAAGUCCAAAAGGUCAAAAUCAACAGAAAACUCGCUAGAAAAGGGUGAUCCUUUCAUGCGCAUGGCUGCUAAAGGCAAAACAGACCCUGAAGAUCCAAUGUCAGUUCUAAAUAAAAGAUGGUCUGUUGUAGCUAAAAAUCAGGAAACGAUGUCCAAACAAGAACUCUUAAACAAUUAUCGACUUCUGAUGAAUGAUCACCUUCGACUUGAAAGAUUUCUUUCUAUUAUUACAAAAGAUAAUGAAAUGGCUCGUAAUCGCCUGGAGACGGAUCUUUUGGACGCGAUGAUGUGUAUUGAGGAUUUAAAACAAGCCUUGGAAAAUAGUUCUUCACCUCACAGUAAAGAAGAUAAAAAACACCCAAUUCACUUGAGGUUACAUGAAAAAAUCGGGAGAAUCAUUGGACUAUUUUUGUUAAAAUAUAAGAACAAAUGGUUAACACCACAAAUGGUCUUACUUUUACCACUUUCAUUUAACCCUACAAAAUUUUUUUUUUUGAAACUCCAUUUAAAUUCGUCCCAAAACAACUGCGAUCUUCAAGUUCGUCUUCAAAACUGCCACAAUUGCAAAAACCAUGAAAAAGAAAUGCAAAUCCAUUCAGAAGUCAUGGUGACGGUUUUGCUGAUUUUCUCAGUUCUGGUAUUAUCUGGCUGCGAAAAAACUACUUGUUUGUUUCAGAAAAGAAAUACUUUAGUUGGAGCUAAGGUCUGUACUCUUUUUUCGUCUCAAACAGAUUGA